CAAAUGAAAAACAGUCUGUCAAUCUAGGUACUUAUAUGGUUACUCUUGUCACAAUAUCUGAGUGCCUCCUACAUAUUUAAAAAUAUAAAUAACUAUUUUAAACCUAUUGUCUGAAAUUGCUACUAAAAGGUUGCAUUAUUUUGAUAGAAUGCCUAUGGUAGAACCAACACUAACGGUAUUUUUCAGGGAGUUUUCAUCUCUUAGUCUCAGCUGUGAACAUUUCUCCAGAAAACUAGGACCAGAGCCACAGAUUCUAAACCAUGUGGGAUUAAAUAAAGAAAAACAGAUGAAAAGCAGAGAAGCUACAGGAAUUGAUGUCCUUGAGGUGAAAGCAUAGCCUGUGUGUUAGUGAGUGCCACCAGCCUUACUUACACUGUUUGGGAUCUCCUGCUUACUAUGGCAAACUCAGAGAAACCCAAAUUAGGAAAUAAGGCAGUACCUGGGUAGUUACAGGUGAAUAGGGAGCCCUUCACUGGCCAUCUCCCCCUGUGUAAAUUUCUGAGAGAGAGAAAUUCCUCCUCAUAUCCAGACUAAAGAUGGCAGGAUUAGGAUCCUUGGGGAAACCAAAGAUGUCAUGAAUAUGGAGGCCAAGGAUCCAGAUUGGUAGAAGUUGGAAGGAAUCACACAUGAAUAUGUAAAAUGGGGCCUGUGACCCAUCCUGUAGCUGAAAACAGGGAAGCUGCACUUGUGAGACAAAUUACUGUUUUCUCCUUCUAUUAAGCUGUUGGAGUAAGGUAAAUAUUUUUGGUAAUAACAAGCAAUUAUAGCUAUAAACACCUUCAUUAACUCCAGCAGCUCAGGUUUGUUUCCAAUAUACAAAUUAUUUGCACAUGAUUAAGCUCAGGAUCUUGUCUAAAAGGUGCCAACUUGGGUCUCUCUCUAUCAUGUUAUGCAGACAUGUUCUGUCCCGGAUUUCAAGGCUGUAGGAAGAAGCUGAGACAGGCAAACACAUGUACCCCAGUUUCAACAGUACAGAUGAACCCUACCAGGGUUCCUGCCAACUCUUAUGCAAAAAUAUUUUUAUUUCUACUUUGCAAAUACCCUUCUCUCAGAUACCACAACACUGCAGCAUAAGAACCUGAAUAGAACAAUAUCCACCCUUCUUCACUCUAGAAUCAUAUUUUUCUUUAAACCCCCACUUACAUGGCACUACUCCUGUGGGACAGCAAGCAUGGCCCUUCUGUAGAUGUCAUCACACUGUUACCAAUCAAUCCACUAGACCAGCAAAAAACAUCUAAUGGCAUUGUUUCAUAACAUGCAUUGUCACACAGGUCAACUUGAUUUCCUAACUCCCUCAGUGGGUGACUAGCAGCACAGAGGGAUUUAUUGCUGAAGGUGGGAACUGGGAAAGUUGUGCCAUUAUGCUAGUGUCUCUUGCAGACAGAUCAAGGAGCAGCAUUGCUGGACUCGGAAGAACCCUCUUGAAACAUGAAUCUAGCAUAAUAUACAAAGUUUGGAUGGAGGGGUUGAAACGAGACGACCUUAAAGGGGGGCAAGUUUUCUUCAGGCCCUGCCUCUCUCUCAGUCUCUGAAUGGUGUGUGUAUUCCUUGGUGUGUCUGUGGGUGUAGGCCUGGAGACUAUUAUCCCCGAAGAGAUUGCAGCAGAGGGUGAGAAUGCUGUUAGGGAAGCGGCAGACAGAAGCUCACCACCUCCCCAUAGGCAGUAGGCCAAAGGAGCUGAACCGGCUCCACUACGCCUGUGUGUAGGCAACAACCACGGAGGGGUUAAAUGCGAUUUAACUCCUGCUGUAACUGGUUCCUGGGCGCCCCUCGCCGAUCCCAGAAUCGUGCAGAACCUUCGGAAGUCAGGGGACGUGAAAGCCCAGGUUGCCGGAGUUUGCCCUAGAGCGUCUGUUUUCACCGUUUAUAUUACUGAAUCCUCGAAACUCUCCGACCAGGAGUCGGGCACACAGACCCUGGGCUGUCUGCUCCGCCACUCUCUGCUGCAGCUGUUUUUUCUCUCGCAUGUUCAAGACCCAGGGUGAGUCUAUAGAGAGGAGGAGCCUUCGCUGCAGUGAGCUUCAGCCCAGCCUGUUUACCACAAGAGAAAAUAACAAGACCAAAGCAGGGGCCGAGGCCAAAAAGGGGCGAGCAGCUUUCCCAGAUUGCUGAGACUUCCACGGCUACUUUUUCAGCCUUUGCUCGUGCACGGAUUGGAUCAAGCAUGCUGGACUGGGUGCAAGCUUUGCUUCUCAGCGCCGCGCUGCUAACAGCAGCGUCUGCCAGCGAAGAAUGUGUCCGUGGCAAUGGAGUUUCCUACCGGGGCAGCCAGCAGAUCACCUCGAGCGGUGCCCCGUGCUUGAACUGGCUGGCGGUGCAGAGAAACUACAGCUCCACACUCCUUGCAGUCUCCGAGGAUCACAGCAGCUGCCGGAACCCCGACGGCGGUGCGGCCCCCUGGUGCUACGUGAGCGGCGAGGCCGACAUCCCGGAGCGGAGCCCCUGCGACAUCGCCCCCUGCCUAGUUGUUACCUCCUCCACAGAGACUCUGGUCCCUACAGUUGCGGCUGAGGUUUCUCAGGGGAUAGACCAGGUAUUUGAGCCAGCUGAUACUUUACCAGCCCGGAGCGAGGCAGCUGCUGUGCAGCCCGUCAUUGGGAUCAGUCAGAGAGUCCGGAUGAAGUCCAAGGAAAAGAAGGACUUGGGGACAUUAGGUUAUGUGAUGGGCUUCAUCAUGAUGGUGAUAAUCAUUGCCAUUGGAGCUGGCAUUGUUGUGGGCUACAUCUACAAAAGGGGCAAAGACUUGAAGGAGCAGCACGAGCAGAAGGUUUAUGAGCGUGAAAUGCAGCGCAUCACCCUUCCACUUUCUGCCUUCACGAACCCGGCCUGUGAGCUUGUGGAUGAGAACACGAUUGUGGUACACACCAACCAGACCCCCAUAGAGGAGGCACAUGAUGGCAAUGCACCUCUCAUGGGCCAGGCAGGUACUCCCGGUGCCUGAGGAGCUAGGGCCAGGAGAGGCACAGGUUGAAACGAUUGAGGCUAAGAUCCCAGUUUCUUGUUUCAGGAGUGGGGGGUCAUUUGUAUUUUUUUGUUGAUGAAUUCCAGCAAGUGACAGGACUUGGAGAUGCACUGAAAUGGGGGCUGUUCAUUGUGUGGCUAGCAGGACUUGUUUCACCUGAGGACUGUUGCAAUGUGCCACGCUGGCCCCACCUCUUGUACUCCCUGCAUCCUCUUUUUCUAUUCCCCUCCCUUUUGACCAGUGUUACAUGCAUUUCAGCUUGUACUCUGACACAGCAUCAGAGGGAGUUGGUGGGAGCUUUACAGCAGGGUUGUGCAGAGACUUUGAAGGUAGUUUUACAUUUUACUUUAAUAGGAGAAAGGCUGUCCUACGCAAAUGUCUUCUAGAGAUGGGGAAGUCAACUGACAACUAUCAAUAUGGGCACAUGAAGAGCUCAUGUUGAGAUGGGAGAGAAGAUUUUGGUUAAAGGGGAGGGAGACAGUUAGCCCCAAUGCAUUGCUUAAGAGGUCUCUCUCAAGAUGCUCAUAAAGCAAAGUCUUCCAGGGCCCAGGACACAUUCCCACUCUCCUUGGCUGGUACAGAGGAGCCUGGUGCCAGAGCAUCAAGCUGGGGUGUGUGCUAGGGCAGAAGAGCAGAUUAUUUCAAAAGUGGAGGGAAAGUAGACAACCCCUCAAUCAGCUUCAGGGAGAGUGGCCAAGUACUCUUUGCUGCUUAAAGGGAUAGUAGCCAUUUCUGAAUUCCUUUCAGACUUUCCCCAGGGAUGUGUAUUUCCAGCAAACAAGAGUUUAAGCCAGUCCUAGGGUGAAUGCAAGUGGAAAGCACUUGAGAGAAGGACAAGCCAGCUGUGCUAGUGCAGGCACAUCAAAGCCUCGUGCAUCCUGUUCUGUGUCCCUUGCACAGGCUGCAGGAGAGGUCACACUGCAGGGGCUGUUUAUCCAAACUGCCCCCUUUGAAUAAAGAUAUUAGGGCAAGUGUCUCAGCAAGAAGGACUUAUGUCUGUUCAUAAUCUGUGUAGGACUAAUUCAGAGAAAUGCACAGCCCCAUCCCUGCAGCAGGGUUCAAGCCAUCCAAAUAAGAUUUUCUACCCACCUACUUUAAGGGAAGUUACUGAGCAGAUAUUAAGUGUUGAUGUUUAUAUGGUUCAGAAAAAGGAAAGUGUCUUUUUUUUUUAAAGUCUUUGAAUACCAUUUCUUUGUAAAUAUUUUAAAUACCUCAUUAUAAAAUAAAGAUGCAGAUUGUGUGACGUUGUAUUAAAGCUUAAAAAGGAAAAUAAAAAGGUUCUGUGGAAACUUGUGU